CUGUGGCUAUGUCUUUCGUCAAACUUUCAAUAAUCAGGUUAUGGCUGUUAGGAUGAAUAGCCGUAGACAAAGCCUCAAACUCAGUAUCGCAGGCCGGACCUUCGCAGAAUAUCUACGUGUCAAUGUCAUGUAACGCGUACAUGUCAUAUGCCGGCUGUAUAUCCAAUUAUUGUUGUCAAAGCAUCCAGAGGACACAUCACACCACCUAGAUUUAGGCAGGCCUACUCAAACACCUCGCGAGUUCAGUCAGGACAUACCGAAAUCGCCCAGGUGUGAUUUGCCUGUAUUCUGAGGAGUGACAAUGGAGCAGUUUGAGUAUUCAGAUCAAGACUUCUUGUUCCAAAUACCCCAGCCAAGUGACGUUGGCAAAGUGGAGUUGAGUGAGUUUGAUAAGCUGCUGUGCUCCAAAUGGGAUGCUGCCGUUGACAUGGGGUACUUUCGUUACAAGCUUGAUAAACUACAGACAAAGAUUGUGCCAGGCCCUAGGAAGAUUGUUGCACAGUUAAACACCAAGCGAGCUGUAGAGAGACGGAAGCCUCAGACAAUUACCCAUGUCACUCAGCCGUUCAACCCAGACAUCUUCAACUUCACUAAAGUAGAUCCCAAAGAGGUGCUAUUUGAGCUUUGUCCAGAGAAGGAAAAUCCCGAUAGUACAACAGACGAUCAGUCUUUGUGCAAUGGUACAGCAGAGAGCCGACACCACAGUGUUCUUAUCAAUGUCAGUCCCUUGGAAUACUGCAACAUACUCCUUGUCCCCAGCCGAUUCCGGUGCAUACCUCAGGUGUUAACAGAAGAUGCGAUGCACUUAGCUCUGGAGACCAUGUUGCUGAGUGCUCACAGUGGUUUUAUACUUGGGUUCAACAGUUUGUGCGCCCUUGCUUCUGUAAAUCACCAACAUUUCCAUGGCUACUACCUGGAGCAUGACCUUCCCAUCAGAAGGACGGCAACAAGGCAAGUUAUUGGUCCAUGCUACGAGCUUGCGGAUUGGCCAGUCAGAGGGUUUGUCUUCCAGGUCAGAGGUCACACAUUACAAGAAACUGCAAGGUCCGUUCAAAGAGUGGCGUCCAUAUUGCAGCAAAAUGAGAUUGCCCACAAUGUGUUCAUCACUCGGGGAUGUGCCUUAGGCGAUGAAAGUAUAACAAUGGAACAAACUGUCCGCAUUGUCUUAUGGCCAAGAAAGUCUUAUCUUGGUGCAAAGACAGAUAAGGCAGGUGCCUCCAUUGGAUUCAAUGUUGCAGUGUGCGAGCUGGCUGGCCAUUUACCUGUCUAUACCAAGGAAUAUUUCAAUGAGGUGACAGAAGAAGGAGUUGUGCAGUGCCUACAGAAAGCAUCGCUGUCCUCAGAGGAGUUUGAAGAGUUGAAACACAGGGUUCGGUCUGUAUUCCAGAAAUGAGCAGCAUUCCACUUGGUUGGACCUCAGGUAUCUCAGAGGGUUAGAGAUUUAUGCUCAUCAUUUAUUGUCAUUCCACACUACACCAUAUUUUGUCAGGUAUACUCUUGCUACUGAUCUGUAUAGAGAAAACCAGGACAUUUGUUUUUAAUCUAGUUUUUUAAGUGGAUUCGUCCUACCCUAAUGUCAAAUGGUCCAUUGCUAUGGUAAAGCACUUGCACUGAAGUGGAGGAAUUUUUUUCUUCACUGCUUUGAAUUUUAAAAUUUUCAAGCCUGUGUUGUUCACUAUGGUGCAGAAAUUGGCUUUGCACGAACAAAACGAAAGCCAAAACCCACGGAAACAAUAUGGCCUUGUCGCCACACGAAUUCCACCUAUUCUUUCCACUGAAAAUGAACCUGACACUGACUAGACAGCACUUUUUCUGAUGAAAACAACUUCCGUAUUCAGUAUUGUAACAAAAUUCCUGAUGGAUUCAGCCAGUAAAAAAAAUUGGAUUCAAAGGCAGUAAAAAGAUGAGCCACUCAAAUUAAAAAUAAAAGCCUGAAACAAGUGAAUAACCAAUGCCUCGCUGCACAGGAAUUUUCAGCGACUGCAUUUGUUUGGAAAACAAAUAUUUAUGAAAGGAAUAAAUGGCAAUAUAAAUAUCAAUAGAAUCAUUGAGCCAAAUUCUUCCCGCUCUUAAAUGGGAUGAAACCAGGCUGUGCAACCUGUGUGGUUUUGCAUUUUAGCCAAUUUGAAAUCAAGUCUUUAAUUACUAGAACUUCUGUGUCAAGAUGCCUUCCUCCCAGAGAUGGACCUGUUAAAAAAUAUCCUGGCCGCGUGCGCAAGAACAUACAAAGAAAUGGCUGGAGUGGAUUGGUCCACGUCUAACACAAGCCAGUACAAAAUUUUCAUGCUGGACAACCCUUGUCAUGCUUCAAGACGACUAUCUCUGCUUGUUUGAACUCUCUGGGCAAACUUGCACCUUGGAGGGACUUCUUUUUCGUGAGCUGUUCACAUACCAGCUGCAAAGAUUUUUCAAAAGGCCAAACAUCAACUACACACUGUUGAUUUAGGUUAAGGUUAUUAAAAACUGUGUCCUUUUACAAACGUAUACAUUAAUUUAAACACCAUCUUGGGGCUUACUAAGUGAUGUCUGAGGGUUUCUGAAAGAAAAUCUACUAUACGUGUAUUACUGUAGUCAUGAACUGGGCCAGGAAGUCAAACCAAAUGUCUUCAGUGGCACAGAUUUGUACCUCAUUGUCGCCUGUCAGACAAACCUUGACACCUCAUAAAAACAUUGUCAGCCAGCCCUACCAAUUAAAGAAGGUUUGUUGAAUAAUGUGAACCUUUACGUUGGUUCACCGUUUUGUGCUGGCAAUGCCUGCCUCAGUGCAUAUUCAUGGGAGGUCUUUUGUCCAGUUCACAAAUAUGAAAUUGUUGAAGAUGAAUAAGGAAGAUCGAGUGUGAGAUAACUGGGCCUCAUAAAGCCAUCAGUCUGUGAAAUCUUUUGUCCAAAAUAGCAACUUUUUGCAGUUCAGGUUCCAAAACCAAUUCCAAUGUAACUGUUCACAGACGCUGACCUUUAUGCAUUGACAAAUUUUACCCAGAACUUUCGAUUUUUGAAAAACAUUUUAUUGUGGAUUAGUAUCAAGUAUGCAUCACAGGGUGGCUCAGUGAAAACUUAACACCUUUUCAGGGACAGAUCUUGCACAAUUGGACAGAUACGUAAAAUUAUUUACAAAUACAUGUACUUCUGAACAUCUUUGACGUAGAUUAUCACUGCUGAAAAUGAUUUUGCUCAGGUGGGGAAAUAUGGCCCUUUACAGAAAAAAAUGGUCAGACAAAUUUUGUCUUGUGGCAAUCAUGCUUGAUGCCGAGAUCCACACGUUAGCCUUUGCAGUCCUUGGAAUAUCUCAUACCAAAUUUUACCGAUCUUCCCAGUUUUGAAAAAUCUGCUACUUAAAAAUGUGUCUACAGUUUUCUGAACUAUGCUGUGCUUCAAAGUUUUAAUACUUUCCCUGUAAACUCUAGGCAUUUUAAAAACACUGGCCACAGAGCAUUGCAGAAAUGUUUGCGAUCCUGGGGCUUUUCAUUUUCUGCUUUAAGAAAACUUAAUUCAAAAGGCCUCCAAGGCUUUUUGUUGACUUGUUUAGUACUGCUAAAACCGAAGAGUAUUUAUUGUAUUAACCUUUUAAUUUUACUUACAUUUUCUUCAUCUAAAAUAUUUUGACGGCCCAUUGUUUCAGUGAAGAUACACCUGUUGCACUUAGGCACACAGGUAUGCAUAUGUUCUUUUUGGGUCAUUUUAUAAAUUACUCUUGUAGGAACAACUUUUAUGUUGGAUACAGGAUACAUUUUAUAAUUGAUGGCCCUAGAUGUAUGUACAUUGUAUAUUAAAAAAUUACUUCUAGCUUAUUUUGUCUCAGCAUUUUUCAUUCUUUUCCCUGGCUAGACUGUGUGGAUUCUCUGACCAGGUUUUGCUGGCUAUGAUCGUCAUUUGGAGUUUGCCAUUUGAUUAAAAUUCAACAACACAAACAGAAAUACUUAUUUUUUGAGCAUUUUCAAAAUAAUCUUUGCACUGAUAACAAAAACAAGUUGAACCUGGAAAAGCAUUAGAGAUCUGAAGUACUUGCCAAACACAGAAGUGAAUACAAUACUUUUUGUGCUAAAAUGAUUUAAAUAAUGUUACAAAUUCAGAAUGGCUGUAUAUUUGUUUGGCUUGUCCUGUGCAUUUCAAAUAUCUCUCUUAUAACCAACCUGACAAGUAACGAAAUCCCUGAUUUCUACAUGCGAUUGCAAAAAGGAAAACUCCUCAGCAAUCUGGAAAUACUGAAGUCAUGUAGUGCACUGCCAAGUUAGGACCACGGCAAAAUUUUCACCGAGAAACUA